AUGAGCUCUUUAGGCCCUUUUAGAAGUGUGUUCACUUCCCUUAUAUACUUCUCAAUCCUACACAUUCUCGGCUUUACAUCACUAUUCAAUUUUUACACCACUGAUAGCACUGGUUUCUUCUUUGUUGACUCAGCAGUGACCGGAAACAUAACCCAAUGUGUUAGAAAUAGCGAUAAACUCUUCGAUGAUCAAACUUGUGUACAAAGAUUGCACACCAACGUCGAUGUCUCACAUGGACUCAGGGAGUACCAUUACAUAUAUAGAAGAAAAGAUGAUUUAUCUAAGGGAUUAUACUUGGUGUUAAAGACCUCAAACACUUCUCUACUCUACACUCUCAAUUAUCAAACUAUGGUCCCGUUGUAUUAUACGGAUCAUACGGAGAGGUGGACGUAUAGUGAGAUUUCAGGUGAGUUGAAGACCUCGUGUAAGAGUGUGCAAAAUUCUAAAUGCACUAAAAAAACUCAAGUUCCACCAGGUAUUGAUUUCUUACCCAGAGUCUGCUGUAUCUGCGGACUGAACGUACAUAAACCAACGCCAAGAGCUGAUUUUAAAUGCGGAGGAUUUCUGGCUAUGGGAGGUAGGACAGCGUUGAGUAUGAGUUGUUUGGAGAUAAGUGAGCCCUGGUAUAAGCUUUACAAGACCAGUUACCCACCAGCCAUAAGCAGAAGUGUUACUGUUAACAUUUACAAAUUCGAUUCAUCCACUGGAAUUAUCCCAGACGUGACAUUGGAGGAUGAGGAUAAAUUUGAUAAUUAUGACUUUAAGAAGCGGGAGAAGAAGGACCCGGUGAUCAAGUCACCGGAGAUCAAAUCACGCUCCACUAAAGAAAUAACGGGAAAAAAAGAUGAAUUACACCCCAAUUUCAGACGCAUCAUCAUCGAUGAUACCGUCAAAGAAGAACAUAUCAAUGAUUUGGAUGUGAAGAUAACGCUGUUGUCGAGUAAUACGAAGGAUGGCUCUGCGCCCCCGUUAUUUGAUAAAUACGUAGCCAUACCAUCAUUCCCAAGAACCAAUGAAACCGUCAAAGGCUCAUCACUCAUGGACAAAUGUCAAGACAGCACCUGGAAAACCAAACCCGAAUGUCCCAAAUAUAUGAAUCCAUCGUUGUGUGAUAUAUGGCGUUGUACGUUGAAUAUGAGGACUGUGAAGAUGAGUGCGGUGGAUACGGAUGGGUUGAUGUGUGAUAAAAUCGGCUUAUCAAUGAAGAGGUGGGCAAACCAAGAGGAAAUUUGUAACUCAAGCCCCGGCUCAUGCCUCAAAAAUCAGCUGAAACACUACUUCGAUCAGGAAAAAGAUGAGGCCAAAUUACCAAAAUUGUACGGAGUAGAGCCAACGUUUACAGCGGUUAAAAAAGAUCUGUCAUUACCAGCAGUAAAGGAAGCAAAUAAAACAACUCUGGAUGAUCCAAACAGAAUUCACACUCUCACUUAUAUCCACUCUAAGGACGAUGUUACCAGACUUAAAAUCGAUACCUUCGACGCCACAGUCACCGAAAUCAUCUCCGAUUUCCCCGGGUUCAUCGUCUCCGCAAAGAUGGACGGAGAGUGUGAGGUAUCUUCGGAGAAAGGCUGUAACAUGGAAUUGGACGUUAAAAACAUGGGGGUUAAGAAGUCGGAAUUUACCGUUAGAGCGAAUUGUUAUGAUGAUCCUGACCUUAAAAAUGAAGUUGCUCAGAUUUCUGAAACUACACUCAGUAUCGACGGGAAUAAAAAUAAAACCGUCUCUAUACCAAUCAAACUCACAGGAUCACUCGCUAGUGAAAAAGGAUACUGCAACAUCAUUCUCCUUUCCGGAAAGAAGGAGAUGUUGGAUGGUAUGAAGAUGGAGAUAAAGGUGAAGGUGAAGAAGGAGACGUUUGGUAAGGAUCCGGUUAAGGUCCAGGAUAUAGUGGCUGCUCCUAGUCCUAAGGAUAAAUUAACCACUCCUCAAGUGAUUAACCCGAUUGUCAUUAACCAACCCGGGUCUAAAAAUGACACUAAAAAAGAGGAAGAGUCACAAUGCAAAUGCGCGUCCUGGAAUAUCUUCUGCAUGCUCAUCAACUUUAAGAUAUGUGUUUCGUCUUAUGUGAGUAAGGUAUUAUUUUACGUGUUGAUUGCACUUGGAAUUUUAUUGCUUUUGAUUUUGUUGCCGGUGUUGAUUCCGUUAAUUGUUAGUCUCUUUAAGGCUCUCGCUGGACUCAUCAAAACACCACUCGAAGCCCUCGAACAAAGAAGAUUAAAGAAAAAAAACAAUACACAACUUGAAGUUUAACCCAUAAACUUAUUACAUUUAUUUU